AUGCGAAAGCAGUACGCUUUGAAACAGCCAUUUUGGUUUUCUGCUUCGUUGGGGUAUGGAGCUCUUGGUUUUAAAGCCGAUCCGCCACGUCAAGGCGGCUCCAUUUCGAAUCGGUAUCACACCCGGUUCGUCACGACAGUUUCAGCUCUCAUCGCCGAAGCGCAAGAGUUUACUCCAAUCACAACUCCCCAGGCGCAACAGCUUCAAGUCAACACUUGCUUGGUCAAAGCAUCGACUAUUCACCCGCGGUCUGUAGUACCACGUCCACUUAGCGGUUCGACGAAGUGUCCAAGCUUCAUCUCCCCACCAAGCAUUCAUGGUAACUUCCGCUCAUACUGCCGCCGAAGCAGCGCGUCCCACACCCCUUCAGGUGCGGCAGCAAGUGGCGACUUGCCCUCUAAGUCCGACUACAACAGUUGGGGAACAAACCCAACCAUCGCUGUCUCGCCCGAGUGA